AGUUAUAUUUAUCAUUUUCCUAUAAAAAAAAAACGGACUCACAUAGCCUUGACUCCUCCUUUUCUCUUUCAGUUCUCCAUUGAAGCGCGCUCACAUCGCACUUGACGUUCUCCAUCAUUGAAGCAGCUUCUGAGGUGGUUGAUAAUUAUUUGUGACCCACCAUCCGGAAAUCCUGGAUCCGCAAUUGUUUGGCUCUAGUCCCAGCUCUGAUCAAUUCACGCUGCAAUGGCCGCGAAUAAUUAUGAUUUAUUCAUUGAUUUGCCAAUUUUGAAGGGUUCUUGAGAUAUUAAUAUAUAAUAGUUUAGGUGAAGUAGUGGGCAUAUGAUGAGAGUAUAUGAUGCUUGCUAUGAAAUAUUGAAGAUUCAGAAAUUUCGACGGCUAGUCUCUUAUGGUGGAUUUUAUUGUUUUGCGGCAGUAUUGGGUUAUGCUUAUACCAACAACACCACGAGAGCUGGGUAUUCCAGAGGUGAUCAAUUCUACGCAUCUUAUCCUGCAGGAACAGAAAUGCUAACAGACACUGCAAAGUUAUAUAAAGCUGCGCUUGGCAAUUGCUUUGAAGUGGAGGAUUGGGGGCCUAUAGAGUUUUGCAUUAUGGCUAAACAUUUUGAGCGACAGGGGAAAUCACCAUAUGCUUACCAUGCUCAAUACAUGGCUCAUCUUCUUUCACAUGGGCAGCUCGAUGGAAGUGGAUAAAAAGUUUACUAUGAGAGUCCUCGAGGAAAACUUGACUGGAAAACUUUUACUACAAAUACCAUGAGCUAAUAAUGAACCUUGGCUCCGCACCAUAAAUAACAUGCCCUCAAGGAAAUCCUGCCUGGAAAUGUUUUACUAUGAUGUUCUAUUGUACACUUAUGUCUCAAAACUAAUUCUGAAAUGCAGAAUUAAUGUACAUGUGCAGGGUAUCACAAACUCUUUUUAUUUUUGCUUAUUGCUAUUUUGCUUAAAUACAAAGUGCAUCUUGCUAUUUUGCAUUUGCAUUAACUUUUCAAUAAGUACUGUUAUUAGUUAA